AUGAAGUUUUUGAGCAUCCUCAUCUCUUUGACGAGCGUGGCUUCUGCUUUCCCAGUCAUUGAUAACCUCGAUGCUGAAACUCAUCACAAAGCAGCUCAGCUGGCUUCGCGAACUCUGAAAAAUCUCGCCGAGAAGCCCAAUCUCCGACGGCGUCAGUCACUUCCACUCCCUUCAGAUGCAUUGGGUCUAAGUCGCGCGGAAACCAACUGUGGUCCGACUGGCAUCUGUGCCGAAUUCAAUGCCGAAGACCAGUAUGUGUCUACGGAGGGCGAAUAUGCCUAUGCUGCUCCUGCCGCUGAUGAGAUCCGCGGUCCUUGUCCUGGACUUAACGCCGCGGCAAACCAUGGCUAUCUGCCCCGUUCGGGAAUUGCUACCAUUGAAGAGACUGUCGCAGGUCUCAACAAAUUGUACAAUAUGGGAAUCGAUCUAGGUGCUGCCCUUGCUGCUUACGCCGUUGUGAUCGACGGCAACCUACUCGAGGGAACGUGGUCGAUCGGGGGUCCCCUUCCGUCCGACCCUCUGGCAAGUAUUCUGGGAACAGGUCAAGGUCUUUCUUACUCUCACAAUAACUACGAGGGCGAUGGUUCCAUUGGAAGAAACGACGCCUACACCAACAAUGGCGAUGCCCACUCACUCAACAUCUCCAAAUUCGAAGCUGUAUAUGCAGUCGGUGGCAAUGACACAUCGGAAAAUGGAUACGACCAGCGCUACACCAUCGACAAGUUCCGUGCUCGAUACGCAGAUGUUCAGGCGGAGUCCAUUGCCACGAACCCGUACUAUUUUACCGGUGCUUUUUCGACAGUUGUGGUUGUGCCUGCCGCGUACAACUUUGUCAUUAAUUUCAUGUCCAACUUCUCAGCUGAGGAGCCGACCGGUUAUUUGGACGGUUACAACUUCAAAAAGUUCUUCGGUGUGACCGGUUCCCCUGGAUCCUUUGUCUGGAAUAAAGGACAAGAACGAGUUCCCGAUAAUUGGUACCGUCGACCCUCCACUGCGCCCUAUGGUCUCGACGAUGUCGUAUUGGAUGUCGGUAUUGGAUACCUCGCCUAUCCAGAUACUUUGAAGAUUGGAGGAAACACCGGUUCGGUGAAUUCCUUCACUGGUGUCGAGGUUUCUGAUCUCACGGGUGGCGUGUUGGAUGCUGAAAACUUGUUUGAUGGUGAUAAUUUUGCAUGCUUCGCAUUCAGUCUUCUGCAGCAGGGAAUUCCGGAUUUCCUCAAGGGACCACUGGCAGAUCUGAACAAUGCGACCUCCUUCUUGGAUACAUACUUGUCUCCGAUUUUGGACACACUUGAAUGCCCAGAACUGGGACAGUUUGAUCAGAGUUUGUUCAAUGACUUCCCUGGUCACACUUACAGUCCAACUGGGCCGGACACAAACUACUAG